UAUACUGAAAACUUAUACACUGAAAAGAGACGGCUUUGUUUUAAUCUCUGACAACACACAACGUUUUUGUUGUGAGUUCGGGUAUUUAGAUCUUCCAAGAUGAAGUUUGUAAGGACUAUUAUGAGGAAUGCUGCUAUGCUAAAUGCACCAAAGCAUAUUGAUUACUACGCGAAAUUUUCUCCAUCACCGCUGUCAAUGAAGCAGUUUCUGGAUUUCGGAUCCACAAACGCGUGCGAGAAAACAUCCUUCGCUUUCCUCAGACAAGAGCUCCCCGUCAGACUAAGCAACAGUUUGAAAGAGAUCAACCUUUUACCAGACAAACUGAUAAUGACUCAAUCCGUUCAACUAGUUCACAGCUGGUUUAUCCAAAGCCUGAUGGAUAUCCUAGAAUUCCAAGACAAGAGUCCCAAUGACCCUAAAGUUCUUGCUGAAUUUGUGGACACUCUGGUGACCAUCAGUAUAAGGCACAAUGAUGUGGUACCCACCAUGGCUGAAGGUGUCAUCGAGUAUAGGGAUGCGUUUGGGGCAGAUCCUGUGACAUGUCAAAACAUUCAGUACUUUCUGGACCGCUUUUACAUGAGCCGCAUCUCCAUUCGCAUGCUCAUCAACCAGCACACUUUGAUCUUUGAUGGCUCCACAAAUCCAGGACAUCCCAGCAGCAUCGGGUGCAUUGACUCCUGCUGCGACGUCACAAAUGUAAUUAGAGAUGCAUAUGAGAGCGCUAAAAUGCUCUGUGAGCAGUAUUACCUCGGUUCACCCGAGCUGGAGCUUAGAGAGAUAAACGCAAAGAACAAGUCACGGCCAAUCGAGAUAUCAUAUGUUCCUUCUCAUCUCUUCCACAUGGUUUUUGAGCUCUUCAAGAACGCAAUGAGGGCCACAAUUGAGAAUCAUGAAACAAGCAGCACCUUGCCUUCGAUCAAAGUCAUGGUUGCUUUAGGUGGAGAGGACCUGUCAAUCAAGAUCAGUGACAGGGGCAGUGGUGUUCCUUUUAGGAAGAUUGAUACACUUUUUAGCUACAUGUAUUCAACAGCGCCCAAACCUACUAUUGGUGACUAUCGGCGGACCCCAAUGGCUGGCUUUGGUUACGGCCUUCCCAUCUCCCGCCUGUACGCACGCUACUUCCAAGGUGAUCUCCAGCUUUAUCCAAUGGAGGGCUAUGGUACAGCUGCUGCAAUUCAGCUGAAGGCCCUGUCUACAGAUUCAGUAGAGAAGCUUCCAGUGUUCAACCAAACCGCCUUGCGCCAUUACAAAUUCAACCAGGAAGCGGAUGACUGGUGUGUCCCGAGCAAAGAGCCGCUGAACUUAGCUGCGUACAAGGCUGCAAAGUAAAAACACCAGAGUUGGUUGCUUUAAAGUCAUGACAAAGGCCUUCAAGAGAUUGCCAAGAAAGGGUGCCAUUGAGAAUGCAUUCAGGGACCAGUGACAGCAUUUCCUUUUCCAGUUUUCUUUUGGUACUGUUGUUAGGGAACACUUAAACUGCAUUUUGCCAGAAUUUUAGAUUCCAAACAGUAGAUUCCUUAGUACAAAACAAGUUAUUACUGUGGUGCUGCUAUUGUUGGUAUUUUUCAGCAUC